AUGUUUAAUAAUAAUAGUAAUAACGGCAAUAGUAAUGGUAAUCGAGGUUAUAAUAAUAACAAUCGGAAUAAUGAACGGUCCCAAGGUUAUAAUCAGAAUAUAGAACAACAACUAGCAUCCCAGGAGAAGAAGACUGCAUAUAGAAGAACGGUAGACCAUGGUAAUAAUAUGGGAAGGUGGUAUAUCAAUCGAAGUCUUGGGAUAGACGAUCAGCCAAUCGGUAAGAUAAGGCCUGAGUCGUCGUAUUUGAUAGAUUUGUUGCCAUCUCCAGCGUAUGCGUCGAAUUCAGUUCGGGAGAACAAAAAUAAUAUGUCUAUCAUGGAUAUUCAGACGAAAUUUGUGCAUCUUUCAUCCAAUAAGGCAAAACACUCGAUUAACACUGUAAAAUGGACCCCUGAAGGUAGAAGAUUGUUGGUAGCAUCACAUAGUGGGGAGUUCACGGUGUGGAAUGGUAUGACAUUCAACUUCGAGACUAUUAUGCAAGCACAUGAUCUGGCUAUUUUAUCGUUAAAGUAUUCACACAACGAUGAAUGGUUAUUAAGUGGUGACCAAAGUGGUGUUAUCAAGUACUGGCAAACUAAUUUUAACAAUGUGAAUAUUAUAAAUGGGCAUAGUGAUGGUAUUCGAGAUAUUGCAUUUUCUCCUAAUGACUCUAAAUUUUUGACAUGUUCGGACGAUUCAACAAUGAAAAUUUGGAAUUUUAAUAAUGGUCAAGAAGAAAGAAGUUUAGUGGGGCAUCAUUGGGAUGUUAAAUCUGCGGACUGGCACCCAAACUUGGGGCUUAUUGUAUCGGGAUCUAAGGAUAAUUUAAUCAAACUUUGGGACCCUAGAGCGUCGUCAUGUGUUUCAACCUUACAUGGGUUUAAGCAUACAAUUACCAAGACUAAGUUUCAGCCUACUGGUACGAAAAGAUUAUUAGCAUCGGUGUCUAGGGAUAAAUCAUGCCGUAUAUUCGACUUAAGAACCAUGAAAGAUAUCUUAGUGAUAAGAGAUCAUGAAACGGAUUUGUCAUGUGUUGAAUGGCACCCAGUUCAUCCGUCGAUGAUUACAACUGCUGCAUAUGAUGGGUCAAUGAAUCAUUAUAUCAUGGACUCAUAUAUUUCAGAUAACAAUAUUAAGAAUGAUAGCAAUAAUAAUUCAACAUCUCCAAUCGAAGCAUCACACAAAAUUCCUUAUGCUCAUGAAAAAGCCAUCCACGCAUUAGAAUAUCACCCAUUAGGCCAUCUUUUAUGUUCUGCUGGUGCUGAUAGAUCGGCAAGAUUCUGGUCCAGGGCAAGACCUAAUGACCCAAUGUCGUUCCAAGAUGCAUUAUACACAAAUGACAAAGUUGGCGCGUGGUACUAUGGUGUUAAUAACAAUAUUAAUGCUGUUAUUGAGCCAUCUACUGCGAGCGUGAAUAAGGAUGAUCCGUCUUCUGCUCAAGCCAUCAAUUUACCUGGAUUAAACAACUUGCCUAAUGGUAAUGAAUCUACUACAAAUGGAUGGGGAAAUAUUCCCGGCUUAAGGGGUCACUAA